AUGUCCCGAUAUCGUCCUGAUCCUCGUUACUCCGACGGCAACUUGGCCUACCGCGAUCCUCCACCUCAACGAUGGGACACUGACCGCUUCGUCCGUGAACGAGAGAUUCGUGCUCCUGUUAUCGAUCAACGGCCUCCCUAUGCCGAUUACCCUCCACCCCGUCGAGCUCCAGUCUACGAAGAGCAGCGCUAUUAUGAAGAUGAUCGAUAUGGCCCUCGUGGUGCCACUGAGCGCAAAUACUUCGAAGAGAGGGAUUACUAUGAUCCUCGUGCUCAAGCUGGACAAAUGAUCCCCUUCGCUGCUCGACCAGAAGCCCCUCCUCGCCCCGGCAUCCUUCGCCGUCAGUCCAGUUUAGACACUUUCGACCGCCAACCACAUCGACAUCACUACGAUUAUGAGGAUGCCUAUCGGCCACCUCCAAGACCCAACCCCCCUCGCGAGAUGAUUCCCGUUCGGCCUCCAUCUCCUCGUCGGUACCCAAGGUAUGAUCAGGCAUAUGACGACAUCAGAGUACAAGACCCUGAUUAUUACGGAGACGAUGGCUUCCGGGAGUAUCGUGAGCGAGAAUGGGUUAGCCGUCGACGCAGAAACAGUAGUCCAUCGCCCCACCGGCACUCUGUGAAGGAGGAGGUGAUUGAAGAGGUCAGAGAGGAGAUCAGAGAGGUCAAGGAAGAGAAGCGCUACCCUCGCCGGGGCAAGACUCGCAUGCCAAAGCGAUUGGUCCAUACCAAGGUUCUCUUCGACUUGGGCUAUCCCUAUUAUGAAGAGGACGAACGAACGAUCAUCAUCGAAAAGGCGUUGGGCCCAGAUAAUAUUGAUGAGAUCUUCACACUGAGCAAGGACUAUCGAGAGAAAGAAGUGGGGACAACCCGUCUUCUCGAAGCCCCCCCAGCAUCGAUUGCCCCUUCCAUCAGGGCUCCUAGUGUGCACGGAGGAGUGAUUGAAGAGAUCAAGAUGACCGAGAAAAUCGAAGAGAUCAAAACCAUCCCACUGGCCGAGGCUCCGAAAUCUGUUCAGCACUGGGAUGGCUUAUCAGUCCGUUCCCCUUCUCCAAACCGGCAUCGAUCCCGAUCUCGAAGGAGAUCUCGUCGUGGGUCAUCACCGGUAGAAGUGGUCAAAGAAACCAUCAUCGAGAAGGAGAAGGUCGUCCGAGAAGUAUCACCAGCACGGACGCACCGAUCAUCUCGUACUCGCCGCAGAGGGUCGUCAGUCAGUGACGAGUCCUUCAUUGAACGAAAAAUCACUCGAGAAGCAGAAUUUGACGAUUCUGGCUCUGUGCACGUAGGACCUCUGGCUCUGGUUGUCGAUCGCAAGCCCAACCGCAGCGACUGGGAGAUCAAAGAGGAGAUCCGGCGUCUUGAAUCAGAGCGACGAGCCCUGAGACGUGAACGGCGACACGAGCACGAACACAGCACCGAGAUUGUCAAGAUUGAGCGAGUUCGAGAGCGGACACCAUCUCCGCGCGGCAACGAGAUCAUUCUCGAGAGACGCGGCGAGGAAGUUCUGGAAGUCAAGAAGGACCGUCGAGGUAGGAUGUCGUUAGUCGCCAAAUAA